AUGAAUGAUGAUGGAAAUUUCCAACUAUUAGAUCAAAAUUUUGUGUCAUUAUGGGAGAGUUUCACUCAUCCAACUGACACAUUGGUUCCAACUCAAGUAAUGGAGUUAGGUGGAGAACUCUAUUCUCGACAAGGACAGCUCAACUUCUCAACUGGAAAGUUCAAACUUUAUCUACAACACGAUGGGAAUCUUGUGCUUAAGCUUAUAAAUUUGCUUAGCAACUAUAGUAAUGCUGUUUACUUUAAUACUGGCACUGCUGAUUUAAACAACGAAACAAAUGUUGGCAAGAGAUUUGUAUUUGAUAAAUCAGGCUUCUUGUAUGUAAUGAAGAAAAGUGGGGAAAAGUUUAAUGUCAGCACAUCAAACGAUACCAUCUCUUCUAAUGAUGUCUACUACAAAGCAACACUCAAUUUUGAUGGAGUUUUGACUGUAUCAUAUUAUCCCAAAGAUCCAAACAAAGAACAAAAGUGGGUCACUUUAAAGACAAUACCAGAAAAUAUUUGUCUAGAUUCUACUUUCACAGAUGGUGGAGGAGUUUGUGGAUUUAAUAGCAUAUGCAACCUGAAAGAUGACCAGAGACCCAUGUGUAACUGCCCAGAGAAAUAUUCUCUAAUUGAUUCAAAUAACAUGUAUGGUGGUUGCAUACCAAAUUUCCAAGUAAUUUGUCAAGGAGGUGGUCAGAUGGGUUCACUAGAUGAUUACAUGAUGAAAGAGUUGCAAAACACUGACUGGCCAAAAUCGGAUUAUGAAACAGUAAGUCCUUGUACUCUAGAACAGUGUACAAAAUCUUGUUCGCAAGAUUGCUUAUGUGUGCUGGUUACUUUCAGUGGAAAUUCUUGCUGGAAGAAGAAGCUACCACUCACAAAUGGGAGAAGAGGUAAAGAAGUAAAUGCAACUUCUAUCAUGAAAUUGAUGAAAAAUGAUGAGCUCUUGACUCCUUUACCAAACAAAAAGAUGAAAGAAGAUCAUGAUACCUUGAUCAUCGUGAUAUCAGUUCUUUUGGGCUUCUCUGUGUUGGUCAUUUUAAUGUUGGUUGGUACAAUGUAUUUUGGUUUCUCCUACAACCGGAAGAAGAUCAAAAGUGGUGGAACCAACGAUGGUGUUGUUGGGAAAAACUUGCGUAACUUCACCUUCAAGGAACUUGUAGAAGCAACAAGAAACUUUAGUGAAGAACUGGGAAGGGGAUCUUUCAGCAUUGUGUACAAAGGAAGAAUAGACAUGACAAGUGUGGCUGUUAAGAAAUUAGACAAAUUGUUUCAAGACAAUGAUAAGGAAUUUCAAACUGAAGUGAAUGUAAUAGGUCAAACUCAUCAUAGGAAUCUGGUUCGUCUACUUGGAUAUUGCAAUGAAGGACAACACAGAAUUUUGGUGUACGAGUUUAUGAGCAAUGGCACUUUAGCAAGCUUCCUUUUCACCCCUUUGAAAGCAAAUUGGAGACAACGAUUUGACAUUGCCUCUGGGAUUGCAAGAGGUCUUGUUUACUUGCAUGAGGAAUGUUGUACCCAAAUCAUCCACUGUGACAUAAAGCCACAGAAUAUACUUCUAGAUGAUCAAUGUAAUGCCAGAAUUUCAGAUUUUGGAUUAGCAAAGUUGUUACUGAUCAAUCAAAGCCACACUGAAACUGGAAUCAGAGGAACCAAAGGGUAUGUUGCACCAGAUUGGUUUAGAAGUUCACCAAUCACUACUAAGGUUGACACUUAUAGUUUCGGAGUGUUGUUAUUAGAGAUAAUUUGUUGCAGGAGGAAUGUGGAAAAGGAGCUUGCUGAUGAAGAAAAAGGGAUAUUGACAGAUUGGGCAUAUGAUUGCUACAAGAGUAGAAGACUAGACAUUCUUCUAGAAAAUGAUGAUGAAGCUAUUAAUAACAUUAAUAGUUUUGAAAAAUUUGUCAUGGUUGCUCUUUGGUGUAUUCAUGAAGAUCCCUCUCUUAGGCCAACAAUGAAGAACGUUUUGCUGAUGCUGGAAGGAAUUAUUGAAGUUUCAAAACCCCCAAAUCCCUACCUUUACAGUUCUGCCAGUUAA